AUGUACCCAGCCAUAGAACAGCGUCCUCUGGCACUUGUAAUUAUCGAGCCAGCGAUUUUGGUAACCAUGGCCAUUCUGUGUUCGACGGGCAACUUGCUGAUAUGCAUUUCGAUUUACAGAAACCCAACUCUCCGUACAACGACCAACGUGUAUGUCUUUGCAUUAGCAGUCAGCGAUCUUCUGAAUUCCAUCGUAGUAAUGUCGUUAGCAGUUGGCGUCCUGAUUACUGGGAAAUGGCCCUAUGGGGAAAUUAUGUGCAAUUUGCAUGCGUUUUUCACCCUUUUUUCUGUGUAUGUCUCUCCCACGACCAUGGGCCUGGCGGCUGUUAACAGAUACAUUCGAAUUGUCAAGUCAAGUCAUUAUUCCUACAUUUUCACACCAUUCCUUUCGAAGCUUUACGUUGGUGCGGUAUGGAUGUUCGUUGCAGGGUAUGUUGCGAUUCCCCGGAUGGCCGGUUGGACUGCAUAUGGCUUUAUUCCUGGUUACGCUGUGUGUACUAUCAUUCACCCAACUGAAGCUGCUAAAAUUACACAUUACUGUAUCGUGGUAUUACUGUUUCUCGUUCUCCCCUUCACCCUGGCAAUUUUCUGUUACUACAAUGUAUUUGAGACAAUUAAACAACACAACAUGAACGUAAUAACCUCAUUCCAAAGAGUUGGACAAGACGGUCACUUGAGUAUUAGAGAGAUUAAAAUUACGAAGUCUCUAGCAGUUGUCGUCCUAGCUUUUGGGUUAUGCUGGAUCCCAUUUUGGAUCAUCGCUAUGACGCAACGUUUUACCGCAAGCGUAGUGCCACGAAAUGUGCAACUUGUGUGCACCUUUUUGCUGUUUUUUUCGAGUACAGUGAAUCCAUUCAUUUAUGCAGGAACAAACGAGGCUUUCAAGGUAGAGUUUCGCCGCGUUCUACAUUGCAGACAACACAGAAUAGAUGAUCGCGUUCAAAUACAGGACAGCAAAAAUGGCUACCCUGUAAGAGUAAAGGUGCGAGAAACAUCCACUUUAAACUUUAUUUCAUCCUGA